AUGCCAGCUCCAAUGGAUACCAGCUAUCUCACCACCCAGGUCACUACCAUCAUCGGCCAACUACACUCAAUAUUCGACGAGAUUGGUGUACCUCGCAAUGAGCGCGAUUCUCGCGAGACGGAACUCUUCGCAGCUCUCUCCGAGGCACUACAUAACCAGCUGCGCUUGGUGAAUUCUGAAAAGACCAAGCUGACCGAAGAGGCACAAAACAUUAUAAACACAAUCAAGCAGAUGGAAGCGUCGCUGGACGACGACAAGGAUCGCGGCUAUGAUGUUGACACCAAUGGGCUGCGCGUAACCUUUCCACUAAUCGAUUGUUUACGCGAUUUGAAAGAGAAGUACAACAUUAUUAGCCGUCUGCAUCGAGAGCGCUUUGAUCAGGUCAAGAAACUCGUCCAGGCUCUCGAGUCUUAUUCUUCCCAUCUCGAAUCGUCCUUUGUCAAAAUCCGCCUCCCACCCACCACCUCCAACACAUGUCCGCCCUCUUUCGACCUUUCUCCCUCCUUUGUCGCUGCGCUUGAUGAUGAGUUCACUCGAGUCUACGAUGAAUACAACAAGAGAGUCGUCAUUGUGCAACAAACUUCAGAAGAGAUAGUCCGACUGUGGUCCGAGCUGGGCAUUCCUCAAGCUCAAACAGAUUCCUUGAUCGUACAGAACUAUCGGGAUUCGCCUGAACAAUUAGGUCUCCACCAAGCAGAUCUUGAUCGCCUGCGCAGUCGCCGAGACAAGUUACUCGAUGAGAAAAAGGGCCGUGAAAAGCGCCUGACAGAAAUCAAGAAGAAUAUCGAAACUCUUUGGGAUCGAUUGGGAAUUGAAGAGCCUGAUAGAAAGGCAUUUCUCGCUUCCAAUCGCGGAUGCGGUCUAAGGACAAUCAACGAAUUUGAGGACGAAUUGGCGCGCUUGAACGAGCUCAAGAGACAAAAUCUGCACCUCUUUGUCGAGGAUGCUCGAGUGAGGCUUCAAGAGCUUUGGGAUUCGCUUUUCUUUUCCGAAGAAGAAAUGCUUGACUUUACUCCUGCCUUCUCAGACGUCUACAGUGAUGCUUUACUCUCAGCACACGAGGCAGAGAUCGAACGACUUGAAACGCUCAAAGAGCAACGAGCUCCAAUCUUGGAAAAGGUCGAAAAAUACAAAUCCUUGAUUUCCGAUCGAGAUUCCCUUGCUGCAUCUGCCAAUGACGCAUCUAGGUUGCUACUCAAGCCACAGAAGGGAGAGAAGCGUGAUCCAGGCAAGCUUCUGAGAGAAGAGAAGAUGAGAAAGAGGAUUGCGAAAGAGCUCCCGAAGCUCACCGCCGAGUUGGCAAAGAUUCUGAUCAGAUAUGAAGAUGAAUAUGGACGCCCAUUCUUGAUUCAUGGAGAGAAUUUUCUCGACGAACUCGAAGAGGCUGAAGUCAAAGCGCCUCCACCUCGAUCCAAAACACCCAAUGGGUUACCUCCUCGAGCAAAGACACCUGCCCCAGCAACGAGCACUACAAAACCGGCAACCAGUGGUAGAGCAACCGCUCAACCAGCCCGGCCAGCCAGUGUCAUGAAGGCGGCUCCCCCCACCGCCCGGUCGACAGCGAAAACUCCAACUGGUAGUCGACCAGGAACUAUCAGACAGCAAGGAGGAGUCGCUGCAGCACCUCAGACCAAGUCUCCAUCCAAGAUCCCGGCUCGAGCGCCGACAACUGGCCUUAAGAGUGGAAAUCAGUCCCCUGAACGUCGUGCGAUCCCACGACCAACGGCAAAUAGUCCUCAGAAGCAACUGCAGCAUUCUGUGCAGGAGCCACUACAGCAGAAUUACGCACAGAAUGCAAGAUCAAUGGGCCCACCACGUGCGCCACCGCCGAAGAUGAGAGAUCUAUUUGUACCACCAGAACAGACACCCUCAAACGCGAUGGACUCAUUUCCCGCUCCAUCGGUGAAUCGGCCAUUAAGCACAGUUUCGUCCAGCUCCAAUGAGAGUAGCCGAUAUGUUCGGCCCAUAAGCCCAGAAGAUGUAUACCACGACAGUGAAAGAAUGUCUUACAUGUCGGCAUCCCUGGUAAAUCGGGGACAGGCACAAUAUCAUCAACAACAACCCUUCCAUCAAUCACAAAUCCAUCACCAAGAAUCUCAUUACCCGCCCCAAAAUCACACCCAGUCCGCUUAUCAAAAUCAAUCCAUACAUCAACAUUCCCACCAACCUUCUUUCUCUUCCUCAACUUCAAUGCGAAGCCACGAUACAUCACACCAACACGUCCUCUCGGCACCUCAAUCUACAAUCUCCUCUCGACAACCCUCCAACACCUCUUCUAACAUGACCACAGGCACGACAGCCUCCGGAUCUGAGAACUGGGAAACAUUCUCUGACGGCUCAGAAAUGGAGCCCGAACGGGAUGUACGAGACAGCUACUACGCCAAAGUGCAACAACAUCAAGCCCUCUCCACAACCAACGCUCUCGGUAUGAACCCCAACCUGAAUGGCAAGAGACCUUUGACGGCGCAUGGUCCUGGCGAUCGAAGCCAUCUAGCAGGCCAGAUGGCUCCUCCGCCAGCCAAGAUCCGCAUGCACGCCAACAACCCACACUACCAGCCACAGCAGUUCCGGGAAGUGUCGGAUGAGAAUAUCCGCCGCGUCGACGAUAGUGAUGCGACAUGGAGCACCGAAGUUGAAGAGACGUAUUGA